AUGGCGUGUUUUAGAAUAGCUUGGAGCAACGGUUCACUCUUCAAUCCUUUGGAUUGUUUCAGAACGCAUCUUGGUGUCCCCCCCCCUUCAGGCUGGUUGAAAAUCAACGUGGAUGGUGCAUUGCAGAGGAAUAAUGCAGGCGGCAUCGGAAUCAUUAUAAGGGACUAUCAAUGCAAUCUGGUUAUUGCGGCUGGUUGGAAAGUCUCGCAUUGGGAUAGCACGCAGGUUGAGCUAAUGGCCAUUCAAUAUAUCGAUCGGAUCACUCAAGACUGGAUAUUUGAUCGGGAUGGAGUCAUUAUCGAGGGUGAUAAUGCGAGUGUGAUUGACUUCAUGCAUAAAUGCCAUCAUACCGAGACUUGGAAGCUGAGGCCGGAAGAGAGUGAAAGAUUUAACUGGCUUAAAUCGUUUCAUAAGGUGCUUUUUAUUCACACUAAAAGGGAGUACAACAAGGCGGCUCAUUUUUGCACUCAAAGAGCGAUUGAGGAUAGUUUGUUUGGGAUAUAG